AUGUCCCUAGUCAACGCCAUUGGCGUCAUCUCCGGGAUCUUAGGCAUCAUCUCCUUUGAUCCGAAAAACUUUGCGCAUGAGCAUCCAGUAUCCGGCUCGAUCAUCAAGGUUGCGGUUGCUCUUGACGGCCCCAGUGGGCCCACCAAUGCCGGUGGUGACCUCCCCGACGUGCGUAUAUGGAAUGACGUUGGAGAUUUUGUCGGCAUCAACAGCAAACCGGGGCGUGUCAAAAGUGGAAACCUAGGUGAAAUCCAAGUCAGACAUGAUACCCAGGGGGUCUACUCUCUGUUCUCAGCCAACAACGAUGCUAUAUGCGUUGCCUGGGUGACCAUGACCUGGACCGACGACCGUGGUGGCAAUAAGUACGCUGUUUCGGGAGACUAUGGCGAAGUUUGCGGUGGCACCUGGUUUGAGAGCCAUAUGUACCCGAAUGGCGAUGAGGAAUAUCAGCCUAAAUGCUUCUGGAUCGAUGGAGAUGGGAACCAGCCAACGACCGGAUUCCAAGUACGCUGGCCUGCCUUCUCAAAAGACGCCCUUGAUAAGAACAAUACAGACGCAAAGACAAUGUGCAACGGUAUCGAUUUUGGGCUCCGUGACGAGCACGACCCUAACGUGAUUCAUCACUAUACCAAGAAACGAAGCACGCCCGUCCGCGCUUAUCAGGCCUCCGUCCCUCGCCCUGAGUGGGCUGCUACCGACCUGGUCAUUAGCGACUCUAAGCACCACUCAGCGAAGAAAUUGUGUAUGUCCGAUACGUCCAUGGGUCCAGACUUCGUCCAUAUAGAUGAGGGCCUCUUCUGUGAUAUGGGCACCAAGGCCUUGUAUCCAUUCUGUGGUGAAGACGGAGGCACUCAGUGCUUUGACAUGAAGACCCAUACCAUUUCCACCGGCCCAAAGAUGAAUAUAGUGAAUGUCACUUCUGUUGUUUCCGACGAUGCUGAGAAGCCGGGCCGUUACUCGCGGGUUCAUGACUGGCGGCAGUAG